UCUUGCCGAAUAAGUCAAAACACAAUGUUUCGAAUCAAACCGGUCUUGUUGUUCCCAGCGGCCUCAUUAAAGAAAUUAGUUAUAUUACCACUCAUUAUUUGCCGAGAUCUUGAUUAAUUUUACAAACAUGUCGGGCUGCCAGCACUGCUACUGUGCUACAGGAAAUUCCACGUUUUUGAGCCAAAUGUAUUCAGACCUUUCAGGAUCCAGCUGGGUCAUGAUUACCCAACAUUUCCUUGAAACUGUUCAUGACUACACGCACCUGCCUUGGUGGGCCACAAUAGUCACAACCGUAUCUCUAAGGUUGACAAUCACAUUGCCUUUGGCUGCCUAUCAUCCCAUCAUCUACGCCAGGCUGGGAAACCUCAAACCCGAAAUGGAUGCCAUUCUCAAGGAACUCAAGAAAGAGACUGACCGAUCAGUAAUCAUGUAUGAAUGGGAUGCAAAAAAGCUAAACUACAGUAGCUUUCCAUGUUUAUACCAAGAAACAGUGGAAUCUGCUCGUUCAGAGGGACAAUUGCCAUCAAUUCAAAGCCUCAGUCCUCCUCCGCUGCCAGAUUCCUCUCUGGGUUUGCAUGUCAGUAGCACUCAGAAACAUGGCCAUGAUGCUUCCUGUCCAGACCAUUGCUCAGAUUCUCCACUUGUCUCUGAGCACUGGUGGAUUUGGUUUUGGAUCCCCAAUCUGACCGAAGUGGACCAUUCAUUGAUCUUGCCAGUCUUCAUGGCCCUUACUAAUUUGGCCAUCAUUCAAAUCCAAGUGAUGAGCAAAGUGGGACCCUCAUCCCGCCUCUCCAAUGCCAUGAUGAAUGUUUUAAGAGUUUUUUGCCUUGUUAUGGUUCCCGUUGCUGCAUAUGCGCCCGCCGACGUUGCGCUCUACUGGACGGUAUCAUCGGUUUAUGGACUGGCCCAGAAUUUAGUCCUACUCUCGCCAAGCUUCAGGAGAUUUUCCCGGAUACCCGUGACACCCCACGAGAGGCCUCAGCCUUAUCGGCACAUCGUCAACCAAAUAAAAAAAAGCUCAUGUGGACUGUUUCAAUAACCUCGUUAAAUAUGGCACCAGGAAUUCACUGCCACAUCAACUUAUCAGAGACAUCAUUUACAUUUUUAAGCAGUGAA